AUGUCGAGACCAGUUCUAUCCACACAUGUUCUGGACACUUCUACUGGAAAACCUGGGGUUGGUAUUUUUGUAGAAUUAUACAAAAAACGCGGCGACAGUUGGACGCAGUGGCACAACACUGUGACGUCUAGCGAUGGCAGAAUACAGUUCCCCUUCUCCAAGGAGUCUAUGUCGGAAGGCACUUACAAACUAAAGUUUAACAUUGAGGAUUACUAUAAAAGGAAUGACCAGGAAACUUUAUAUCCUUAUGUAGAGAUUGUUUUCAACACGAAGGAAGACCAACAUUACCAUAUUCCGCUACUGCUCAGCCCGUACGGAUACUCCACGUACAGAGGAAGU